AAAUAGUUCAAAAGAAAAGGAAAAAACCUAUCGACCGAGAUUUAUAUCCUCAUUUGUCUUUUUCAAAAUGACAUCGACCUUGCUACCAUUCCUUUAUAAUACGAGGACUAUCCUACGAACGAAUCCUCGAAUUACCCUUACACUUUUUCGUUUUUUACACGCCACACGGCGGCAAUUAAGAGAGGGUGAUGAAAUACCAUUUGCCUCUUAUGUUCCUAAAGAUGAAACUCCGCCAGAUCAGCCUCUUCGUCGUGGUACCAUCACCCCGUCGGAGAGACGCGUAUUUGAGCGUAUCUUUGCCGAUAUAAAAGCCCGUGGUCUUAAGCCUUUUGUACCCGAAGAAUCAUCAGCAACCUCAGCUACUCGCACUACUCUAUCUAUAAUGCAACAAGCUGUCCAAGAUGCUAACCAGAUCCGCCCCGCUACCUUUACUACCCCUGGUAUACCGGAUGGUUCUACCCAAAAUCGGCAGAAGGCUCUUCUGCGAUUUCCACCCGAAUUGCGCGCUGCUGCUAGCAAGGCGUUCGAUACUAUCCAGCCUUCAAAAUCAAGUCUUCCGAGCGGUGAUGACAUCGCAUAUGAUGAAGCUUCUAUCGCGGCCAGCCGAGGAGACCUUGAUGAAGGUUGGAAAGUGCCCACAAAUGCCGUCGACCGCACUGUAGAAUUAGAGGAUAAGCGUUACCCUGAACGCACCCGUGUCGAAGGGUUAAUCACUGCUGCUGAGACCGACUUCGAACUUUGGGAUGUCCUAGAAAAAGAAGUGUUCGUAAUGCCUACCAGACUUGGUAUUGGCGGUAACGCAUCCAAAUUGGUAGAAACAGAGACUACAGUGCCGAGAAAGAAGAAGACGAAAGCGGUUAUGGCCAGUGAGACGGUGGACCAUCUUGAAGAUGCAGCCGCUACUCUCGAGAGUGUAGAUGCGCCGGAAAUAAUCCCAGAAGAAACGGACGUCACAUCCACCGAAGCUAACACCCCAUCCCAUGAAUUGAGUCUCUACAUACAUGGGCCGUUAUACCCGGAAUAUCUCCUACUCGCAUUGCGACGUCUUGACACCGCAUUUCGUGUGCCAUCGCCUCUCGCCUUCUCCAUACUACCCCGGGUUAAGGAGCUAGGACUCGAGUCAUAUAUCCUCGGCGUGUCAACACCUUUCUAUAACGAGCUUCUGGAAAUUUACUGGACCCGCCGUGGCGACUUAUCCGGAGUGCUAAACCUGCUCGAGGAAAUGCGCCAUUGUGGUCUCCGCUUUGACGCACAAACUGCGUCUUUCCUUGGGAGAGUAAAUACGGCGUUAACUCUGCUAGCUACUAGGGAGGCCCCCGGUUCCUUUGCAAAGGCCCUCAUGACCAUGCCUGAAUAUGAUCGGUCUGUACGACACCGCAUAAAGCGUUGGCAUGACGCUGUGGACUCGUCAGUCAACGAAGAGAUAUCAUGACAUUAAAACUUGAGAAAGAUAGCUGAGCUAGAGUAGUGGCUGUUGAUCCGCGACGUGAUAGGUAGGAUGUAUUAUCUAGCUCCUAGGUUUAUGCUGAUAAUAUAAUAACUGAUACCCAUUAAAUAUAUUUCUCUCCUCAUUCGAACGGGAUAUUAUUUAAGACAAACUGGCUUCGUUAAUUUUUAAGCUGUAUCUCUAGGACUGUAUCGAAGCCUUCAAUUGAUUAGACGGCCACAUUCUACCGAAUAUUUUAUAAACAUGUUACCGGAGCAAUAGUUCCUAAGAU